CCUCCACCAGCUUCUCUUUUCCUCUUCUAAAACUCAAGCUUUACGCCCUCGUAUUCACCACGCCCCACGGUAAGCAAUGGACGAUUGAUAAGAUCUUGUCUAGUACUGUGUACUACAUAUGUGUACCAGUCAUGUAACUAGUUACUCCGUACGAAUACUGCAGUACGAGACAAGGGGAGCUAGAACUUCCCUAGUACACCUCCAUCCUCUCCGCGCAGAUGCCUGGAUGAUUGAUCACCCCACUGGGGAGAAAUACAAUUGGGAAUGUCGAAUGACGAUCGCACGCCGGGAAACGUGCAGGGGAAGGAAUGCCGUUGCUUCCGUGCCCUGGUUUCCCCUGCCCUGCCCCUUGCAUAUAAGAGCAUCUCAUUCCGACCGAAGAAAAAAUCCCAAGAGUCCUCAAAAUCUCAAGAAUCUCCAGAAUCUCCAGAACCAAGACCAUGGUUCGCGUUUCUUCCCUCGCCGGCAGCCUCGGCCUGGCCACCACCGCCGCCGCCUCCCUCACCUACAACAUCGGGCUCAAGGAGUUUUCCCAGGAGUUCCGCGAUGGCUUCAGCAUCCUCAAGCACUACGGCGGUGACGGCCCGUACUCGCAGCGCGAGUCGUUUGGCAUCUCCCGCGACCCCCCGGCUUCGUGCCAGGUCGACCAGGUCAUCAUGAUCAAGCGCCACGGCGAGCGCUACCCGUCCGCCGGUACCGGCGCCGACAUCGAGGAGGUCCUUGAGAAGCUGUACGCCUCGGGCAUCACCGAGUGGAAGGAUGAUCUGACCUUCUUCAACGACUGGUCCUACUACGUCCCCAACACCUGCUACUACGAGGCCGAGACCUUCACCGGGCCCUACGCCGGUCUGGCCGACGGCCUCAGCCACGGCAUGGACUACGGCCAGCGCUACGGCCAUCUCUUGACCGGCUACAACGGCUCGGUCGUGCCCAUCUUCUCCAGUGGCUACGAGCGUGUCAUCAACACCGCCCGUAAAUUCGGCGAGGGCUUCUUUGGCUACAACUACACCUCUGGUGCCGCCCUCAACAUCAUCUCCGAGGAUGCCUCCCAGGGCGCCGACAGCCUCACCCCGUCCUGCGACUACGACGACGACACCUCCGUCUGCGACUCGCUCACCUACUAUAUGCCCCAGUUCGACGUGGCUGCUGCCCGCUUCAACGAACAGAACCCAGGUCUCAAUGUCACCUGGGAUGAUAUCUUUGUCCUGAUGACUAUGGCUGCUUUCGAGCUCAAUGCCCGUCCCUCGUCACCCUGGAUCAACGCCUUCACUGCCGACGAGUGGGUGGCCUUUGGCUAUGCCAACGACGUCUACUACUACUACUGCGCUGGUCCUGGUGAUAAGAACAUGCUCGCCGUCGGCGCCGUCUACCUCAACGCCUCUCUGACCCUGAUGAACCAGGGCCCCAAGGAAGCCGGCUCCAUCUACCUGAACUUCGCCCACGAUACAAACAUCACCCCCAUCAUCGCCGCGCUGGGCAUCGUCACCCCCACCGAGGACCUUCCCCUGGACACCAUUGCGUUCGGCAACCCCUGGGCCAUCGGCAACAUCAUGCCCAUGGGCGGCCAUCUGACGAUUGAGCGUCUGAGCUGCAACGCCACCGCAGUCACCGACGAGGGCAGCUACGUGCGUCUCGUCAUUAAUGAGGCCGUCGUCCCCUACCACUCGUGCCAGUCGGGUCCCGGAUACUCCUGCCCCCUGGCUAACUUUACUGAGCUUGUCUCUGCCUCCUUGCCGGAUUACAUCUCCUCCUGCAACGUCUCGUCCUCGUACCCGCAGUACCUUGACUUCUGGUGGAACUACAACACCACCACCGACCUCAACUACAUGACCGGUCCUCUUGGCUGCCAGGUCGGCGCCACCAUGGUCUAAGCCAGGGCCCGUGAUAUCGACUUUUUAAUUCAUGUACUUAAUAAUGUAUGUAAUUGAUAGACGCUCUCUAUGAUAAUGCAUCACUUUACCAUCAA